ACCGGUGCUUAUUAUAGCCGUUUCACAACCCAUGUUCUGAUAUCCUCUGCAAUUUCACAAAAUCCACUAUUAUUCACCGUUUCUCAAAAUUUGUAAUUUCUUUACAAAUCUCAUCUUCCUCAACGAAUCACCGUCGCCGCCACAUCCCCUGCCGUUAUCGUCGUCAGUUCUACUGUGAUAACACGAAAACGGUUUCAACCACCGUGAGUUAUAUUCACUUUUUCUCAUCAGAAUCAAGAUCACACCCAAGAACUAGAGCCACCGUGAGUCAUAGAUCUAGAGUCUCAAUCUAGCCACCGUUUCUCAUUUCCUCUUCCCGUUUCUCUUUCAUCUGAGAACAAGUGAGAAACGCGAUCCUUUUCUUCUCCCAACCAAAGCAAGUGAGCCGCGACCACUCUCCUCCUUCUCCAUCCAUCACCGCCGCCGCGAUUACUCUCCUCCUUCUUCAGUUUAGAGAGCUAUCUCCAUCUCUCUCCACAAACCCUAAUUGUUGUAACUUGUAAGAUAAAUUGGAGCAAGAAGAUAGCUAUGCGGUUGUAGCUUAAUGUUGGAGAAGAGAAGAAGAGUUAUUCAUGAUAAAAUGAAACCUUAGAAAAGAACUUUGAGUUUGACAACUAGCUAGAGCAAGAGCCAUAGGAGAGAUCAUGUUUUAGUAUUUGGAGCUGUCUGUGCCUUACUGCCAGUUUAUUUUUUGCUGUUUUCAGUUUUUUACUGGUUUUUUGGUGCUGCUGGUGUAGCAGAUCAGCGCUGCUUGCAGCUCUUUUUCUGUCUUUGGUGGUUGCUUUUCAAUCAUGCUUGGCUAGUUCGGGAGUGAGGCAGCGGUAUGCUUGCUCUAUGCUAGUAUAUACUUCGGCCUCAUUGUUUGAUGCCAUUGUUGGUUUUGGGUUUUCUUGGUCAAUUGGUGUUAAGUAUUUAGGCAGCACCUCUUUGUAUUUUUUCCCGUUUUUUUCGCAAGUUUUUUUAAUAGCAGCCACCCCAAACUUUUUUGUCAGGCUCCACCACUGUGACCAUAACAAUGCACACGUAGUGAAUCUGUCCAAUUCCAAACAUCCUAAUAUCAUGACUGAACCAAUCCGAAAGAAACAAAAUUUUAAGGAAGCAAAAGCCAAAUUCUCAUGAAUCAACGAAUCAUCACAACAAGCACAUAGAAACUACCCAAAAAGGAAGUACUUGACUCUCUCUCUCUGAAAGCAACCAUGGCAAUUCUAAGAUCAAUGCUGAAAGCAACAAAAACCCUUCAUCGUUCAUCAUCUCUUCUCCGUAACAUGAGUAAUCUCCCAGAAAACACAGUAUACACAGGUCCAACAUCACAAAACAAAAGAGUAACACUUUCACAACUACAACAAAAACAUAAAAACUCACAACCAAUCACAAUGGUCACUGCUUAUGAUUACCCUUCUGCUGUUCACCUCGAUAUGGCCGCCAUUGAUAUCUGUCUUGUUGGUGAUUCUGCUUCCAUGGUUGUUCAUGGUCAUGAUACUACUUUGCCUAUUACUUUAGAUGAAAUGCUUGUUCAUUGUCGUGCGGUUGCUCGUGGUGCUAAAACUCCUCUUCUUGUUGGUGAUUUGCCUUUUGGAACCUAUGAAUGUAGUUCUAAUCAGGCAGUGGACACGGCAGUUCGAAUUUUGAAAGAAGGACAAAUGGAUGCCAUAAAGUUGGAAGGAGGUUCACCUUCAAGAAUUGUUGCAGCAAAAGCUAUUGUUGAAGCUGGAAUAGCUGUGAUUGGGCAUGUUGGUCUUACUCCACAAGCCAUUAGUGUUUUAGGAGGAUUUAGGCCUCAGGGUAGGAAUGUUGCAAGUGCUGUCAAGGUUGUCGAUACAGCAUUGGCUUUGCAAGAAGCAGGGUGUUUUGCUGUUGUUCUUGAAUGUGUGCCUGCACCGGUGGCUGCAGCAGCAACAGCGGCGCUUCAAAUUCCAACAAUUGGAAUUGGGGCUGGUCCCUAUUGCAGUGGACAGGUGCUUGUUUACCAUGAUCUUCUUGGUAUGUUACAACACCCUCACCAUGCAAAGGUGACUCCAAAAUUUUGUAAACAGUAUGCUCGUGUCGGAGACGUCAUCAAUAAAGCCUUACUGGAAUAUAAGGAAGAUGUGAUGAAUGGUUCAUUUCCUGAUGCUCAACACAGUCCGUACAAAAUCAGUGAAACUGAUGCUAAUGGUUUCUUAAAUGAGUUGCAAAAGUUAGGUUUUGACAAGGCUGUGUCUGCGGCAUCUGAAGCAGUUCAGAAGAUGGUUACAAAAUCAACAAAGUGGGGUUUUGCAUGCUCAAGGGAAAGAUUUGUGCACCAUGCAUAAGUUGUGCAUUUAAGAGUUGAAAUCAAUUUUGGGCCAUUGAUUUAUUAAUAUAAAACUCCAACGGUCCAGAUCUGCUCCAAUUGUGUGAUGGGUGACCUGCUGCUUUUGUACACGCUGGUCCCACGGAUUGAAUAAAUGAUACUCCCUCCGUCUCAAAAUAUAAGCAAAUUUUACUUUUUAGGUUCAUUCAAUUAAUGAUG